AUGGCCACUACAAACAGGACAGAAGUGACUGAAUUUGUCUUACUGGGCUUGUCCAGCUGGCCAGAGAUGCAGCCAGUUAUUUUUGGUAUUGUCCUUGCCAUGUACCUGGUUGCAGUUGUGGGCAAUGUCCUUUUAGUAAUUGUUGCCCUCUUAGACUCCAAGCUUCAGACUCCCAUGUACUUCUUGCUCAGCCAGCUCUCCUUUAUUGACAUAUUUCUGGCAACCAUCACUGUUCCUCAGAUGUUGGUGCACACACUGUCUGUAAAUCGAACUAUCUCCUAUAACCGCUGCAUAAUACAACUGUUCUUUUUUAUGACUGUGGGCAGCAUGGAAGGUCACUUGCUUGCUGCCAUGGCAUAUGACCGCUAUGUUGCCAUCUGCGAUCCUUUGAGAUACUCUGCCACUGUCAGUCGCCGCCUCUGUAUGCAGAUAACAUUGACCUCAUGGGUGGUUGUCAGCCUCAACAGCUUCCUUUAUAGUGUGUUGGUCACCCGCUUAACCUUCUGUGGCAACCAAGUCACCCACUUCUUCUGUGAUAUCACUCCUCUGCUGCAGCUCUCCUGCACCCGACCAGUGGUCAAUGAAAUGCUAAUAUUCACUGAGGGUGUAGCUGUGGUGCUCAGCCCCUUCUUCUUCAUUUUGGGCUCAUAUGCUCGCAUUGCUAUUGCAGUAGUCUGCAUGCACUCAGCGGCUGCCUUGCGCAAAGUUCUUUCCACCUGUAGCUCCCAUAUCCUGGUUGUGCUGCUACUGUAUGGUUCUGUGAUCCGCAUGUACCUCCGACCAUCCUCCAGUUACGACUUGGACCAGGAUCGCCAGGUCGCCAUCUUCUACACAGUAGUUACCCCUAUGCUAAACCCACUAAUCUACAGCCUCAGGAACCAAGAGGUAAAAGGAGCUCUUCAAAGGCUUUAUGGCAAACUCUGUAUCUCAAGAAACUUCCAACCUGGUUCCCAGGCAAACAGGGAAUGA